AUGGUUUUCAAAACUGUACUGCUUGCUUCGUUGGCGGUGAUGGCGGUGGCCAAGCCUAUUCCUGAUCCCUUGAACGUGAUGAGGCAGGCUGGGCCUGCAGCUGGACAGGUGAUAACAAAAUGCAAUGCACCUGGACAGCUUGCACUAGCCUACGACGAUGGCCCAUAUCAAUACACCCAGAAACUCGUAGACACGCUCAACGCCGGGGGAGCCAAGGGGACCUUCUUCGUCACCGGCACCCUCUACGGCUGCAUCUACAACCAAAAAGCCGCUCUGCAAAACGCCUACAAAGCCGGCCACCAAAUCGCAUCGCACUCAUGGUCCCAUCCUUCUAACUUCGGCUCCCUCUCUACUAAUGACCUCACAACCCAAAUGACGCGUCUCGAACAAGCUCUCGUCAACAUCAUCGGCGUCAAGCCAACAUACAUGCGUCCUCCCUACCUUGCCACAGGCGGCAACGUCCUCCCAACUAUGAAGCAGCUCGGCUACCGCGUCAUCACCAACGACAUCGACUCUGGCGACUGGAACAAUCAGACGCCACAGCAAAGCCAGCAAAAGUUUACUCAGGCCGGUGCAGGUGGUAACGGGCAUAUUCCUCUCAUGCACGAGACGUAUGCUAGUACUGUGGAUACGCUGACGCCUUGGUUGAUCAAUUGGGCCAAGAGCAAUAAUUUGAAAUUGGUGACUGUUGCUGAGUGCUUGGGUGAUACGUCGAGUGCUUAUAAGAGCGGGACUGCAAACGGUGCGUCGACGUGCUAG